AUGUCGCUGUCGGACCCCGAGGGCAAUCCGCCUGCGUUCAAGUUCAUUGGACUGGGCCUUGCUGUGGCAAGUGGUGUGUUUAUCGGGUCGUCCUUUGUUUUCAAGAAAAAAGGACUGCUCUCGGCGCAGCGAAAGUAUGAGACGACCGCCGGCGAGUCGCACGCCUACCUCAAGAGCCCGCUGUGGUGGACGGGGAUGAUCAUCAUGAUCUUAGGCGAGGUGCUCAACUUUGUUGCCUAUGCAUUUGCCGACGCGGUACUCGUGACGCCGAUGGGUGCGCUGUCGGUGGUCGUCUGCGCGAUCCUCUCGUCCAUCUUUCUCAAAGAGUACCUCACGCUCUUUGGCAAGGUGGGGUGUUUUCUGUGCAUUGUCGGCUCGGUCAUCAUUGCGAUCAAUGCGCCGGAGCAAAAGACCAGCGGAAACAUCCACCAGUACCAGGACCUGUUCAUUGCGCCGGGCUUCCUCACCUGGCUCGGCAUCUGUGUCGUCUCCGCGCUGGUGAUCAUCUUUUUUGUCGCACCGCGCUACGGCAAAAAGAAUAUGCUCGUCUACAUUACCGUCUGCAGCGUGAUUGGAGGGCUGAGCGUGAGCGUCACGUCGGGCCUCGGCGCGGCCAUCAUCCUCUCGAUCCGCGGCCAGAACCAGUUUACCUACUGGUUCACCUACUUUCUCCUCGGCUUUAUUGUUGUGACGCUCCUCGUGGAGAUCAACUAUUUGAACAAGGCGCUAGAGCUCUUUAAUACGGCCGCCGUCACGCCGACGUACUACGUGAUGUUCACCGCCGCAACGAUCAUCACGUCCGUCAUUUUGUCGCAGGGCAUGCACGCGAGUCCCGCGACGAUCGUCACGAUCGUGUUUGGCUUCUUUACCAUCUGCGCAGGCAUCGUUCUGCUGCAGCUCAGCAAGAUGGAUCCCGAUGAACUCGAGCAGCAAAAGGGCGUCGACCGCAAGUCCUCGGUGCUCGUGCGCCUCACCCAGAUGGGGCACGAGCCAGAGAAGGAGAACGACAUCUCGCACAUCGAGGACCCGGGCAUGGACACGAUCCGCGGCGGCAUGGGCAUCGUCGGCAGCAUCAUGCGCGCAAACAGCUCGCGCCGCGUCCGUUCCAGGCGCACACGCUUUGGCGACGACGACGACCUCGAAGGCGACAACGUGCAGCGCUACCAGCUCUACGACCGCCCCGUUUCCUACACACCGGACGCGAGCCGCUCGCCGUCCAUACACUCGCACCACACCGCCAUCAAGUUCGCUCCGGGCGCCGACCAGCCGCACGGACACCACGGCGACGAGGGCGCCGACGAGGCGCCGCUGCCGCUCGCAGGCACCAUCGGCGCGGGCCACGCUUUGGUCCCGAUCCUCGAGCAUACCCGGCACCCGGGCAGCACGCGCCACCUGUCGGAAAAGCGCGACUCGGCGUACACGCUCGGCAGCGACAUGUCGAUGGACGAAUACGACGCAGACCUCGCCAACCAGAGCGCGGCCGACAUUCCCAAUAACCCCCUGGCGCUCCCGCCGAUCUGGAACGACGACCCCGAUAGCGACGCAUUCUACGGCGACGCCACCUCGCCCACGAUGAUUGUCGACGAGUACUGCCGCGACAUUGAGGGGCCAGGCACGCCAAGCACGCACGGCCGCCGCACCCCAAGCGCCGCACGCCGCACGUUUUCGCGCGCACGCCGCCAGGACUCGGGUGAGCACUCGCUUGGCCUCUUUAAGCUACGCAAGCCCUCACGGAGCGGCACGCAGGACACCGCCGCACACGCGCAUGACCACGCGAAACACAUUCCUUUUGCAGGCGGCCGCGCGACAAGCCAAACGCGCGCCGCUGAACCAGAAGAGCGGCAACUCUUGCCGUAA